UGAAGUAAAGCUUUAAGCCGAAGUGCCUUUCGUUUUUUUCUCUCUUCUUCUUUAAUGGUAGAUCUUAUGUUUCAUUGAUCUACAUUUUGAAGUUUACGGCGUUUUUUUUUGAGUCGAAUCGUUCGUUUCCUCCGACCUGAAUAAAAUCAGUGAUCGAAAGAUGCUGGACGGAAUCUUAGGCCGUGGUUUUGCCACAAAAUGUAAAUCGUUGAUAAAAGCGAUAAAGAGUCGGAUUGAUGUUAUACGGAGGAAAAAGAGUGCGACGCUUAAGUUUUUGAAGAAAGAUAUAGCUGAUCUGCUUGCUAAUGGCCUUGAUAUCAAUGCUUAUGGCAGAGUUGAAGGAUAUAUAGCUGAAUUAGUGCUUUCGUCUUGCUAUGAUUUUAUAGACAAGUGUUGCGAUUUCGUGACGAAGCAUGUUUCAGUCAUGCAAAAACUGAGUGAUUGCCCAGAAGAUUGCAGGGAAGCUGUCUCAUCUCUAAUGUUUGCAGCUGCUAGAUUUUCUGAUUUGCCAGAGUUGCGUGAGCUUAGGCAUAUAUUUCAUGAAAGAUAUGAAAAUUCACUGGACGUAUUCGCCAAUAAACAGCUUGUUGAGAAUUCAGCUUCAAAUCCUUCCACAAUGGAGAGGAAAGUUAUGGUAAUGCAUGAUAUAGCAUCAGAGUUUUCCAUAAAAUGGGAUUCAAAAGCUUUCGAGCGAAGAAUGUCUGAACCUGUUGUGAUCCCACAGCCACAGGACCGAACUAAAAAAUACGGGUCUUUCCAUGUCAAUGGUGAAGAUAAUAAAUCAAAUUAUGGAAAACAGGACCGACUUAAAAAAUACGGGUCUUUCCAUGUCAAUGGUGAUGAUAAUAAAUCAAAUGAUGGAAAACAGGACCGACUUAAAAAAUACGGGUCUUUCCAUGUCAAUGGUGAUGAUAAUAAAUCAAAUGAUGGAAAACAGGACCGACUUAAAAAGUACGGGUCUUUCCAUGUCAAUGGUGAUGAUAAUAAAUCAAAUGAUGGAAAACAGGACCGACCUAAAAAAUACGGGUCUUUCCAUGUCAAUGGUGAUGAUAAUAAAUCAAACGAUGGAAAAAGUGCUGAUCCACCAAGGGAUGAACUUAAAGUGGAUAAGAAUGGGCACAAGUGGGAAUUCUCCGUCGAGGACAAGCUGCGUCAAGGCAGGGAAGAAGCUUUUGCAAGGAGGGAGAAUCUUGAUAUCCCAUUACCGCAAAAACAAGAAGUUGUCGAGAAGGAUGAUAUUGCCUUCAAAACAGCAAGAUUAAGUAGUUCGACUAGUGGGAAAAGAAUCGAAAGAGUAAAUGGUGGAGGCAAGGUACAAGAUGGUAGGGAGAAUAGUGUACCUGGAAUAGAUAACCAAGAUGUUCUAACACAGAGAAAGCCGGAUCUAAAUCCAAAUAACUAUGCAGCUCCACGGUCAAGGAGUCAAGAUAAAGAUCUCUUCGUCCCCGAUAGUUAUGCCAAUGAGUAUGGUGUCCAGAAUUCAACUAGGAAAACUCCCGUGGAAGGUGAACCCAAGCGGAAGCCCCGGUCUAGUAGUGCUCUCCCUCCUCCUUAUGUUAAACCACCCAGUAUCAAAUCAAAGGAGAGCAUGAAUGGUGCCAAUAUAUUGUCUUCACUUGCUGGUUUGGACAGUGAUGGAGUCUCUGGUGAUCCUUCUAUGCCUGAUAAAGAGGGGCAGAGAAUUCCACCUAUGAGAGGUCAUGAUCGAGAAACAGAUAAUUACUAUAGUCACAGUGAAAUUGGUAUCCCUAUCCCAAGACGAAGAUCGUCUCGGAGGCGACAUUUGAGAUCAGCAUCUGGUCAUAUUGAAAUUGGUAAUGCUGAAGAUACAGAAUUCAUGAGGAGAAAACCAAGAAGCAGGAGAAGGGAUGAGUCGAGACAAGGUCUGCAAAUCUUAUUCGACGAAGAGCAUCAAAGAUAUGAUCAGGAGGAAAGGAUAAUCGAUAGGCUGUUGAUGCAUUAUAGUAAGAAACCAUCAACCUCUGAAGACGGGAAACUAAGACGAAAAUCUAAAAGUCAUCAUGCACAUCAUAAGAGAACUGACGUAGAUGAAGAAGCCUUAGAAAAAGCAAGCAUGGAUAGAUCGGAUGAUAUCUCCGAGACUAUUCCCCGUCCAGUCCGAUCAAUUUCUCUCCCUCGUGAACAAACAACUCAAUCAGAAGGAACUAAAGUAUACACCCGCGCUACUUCCUUUCAGCAAGGUAGGUCAAAUGCAGCCCGGCACGUACACCCUAAGUUACCGGAUUACGAUGAUUUGGCUGCUCACUUUGCAGCAAUGAAAGGGAGAUAAAGCUUUUAGGGAACCUCUUGAACAUUGAUAGAACAGGUAUUGCCUAUUGCUUAGUAGUUUGAAUAUAUACCUACUUAGAUGUUUAUAGCACUGGUAUAAUUACUACUUUCUGUGACAGAUGAUGACCUUAACAAAAAUUUACAAAUUUGCUGAUUUUUUUUUGUUUGGAUGACAUGAUUUUAAAAGAUGUAUCCAUACAUGGUAUUUUUUAUGAUCUCUGCACCGAAACCCUGUCUCUACCCGAACCGGGUAAGUCAUAUUUGAAUGCUAGUAUAAGAAUUUUAAGUAA